ACCAUGAAGGAUAGAUGGAUACUAUGAGGAUGGCAUUAAGGGUAUUGCUAUUUCAAAAGACAGAGGGCAACUAGUCCCCGCGUAAACGCGAAGCCGCUUGCUCCAUGGCCUUGAAUCCCGCCAACGUCUGGCUUGACUCGUAGCAUAGCACCGAUCCUAUGACGCUGUAGUGCCACAGCUGGUGCGUUGCGUCUCCGAGCUUGGCCUCAAUCAACGACAACGGUGUUGACGAUGGCGGCGAUGACGACGACGAUGAUAACAACGACUGCAACGCCUUCUCUGGCUCUGCCGAUGGCCGUGGUCCAGCUCCGGCACCCGAUCCAUCCGCAUCUCCCCCACAGUCACGGCAUGUCUUGGCAUGUUGCUGACCAUACACAGACGCCUCUUGAGGAUGGGGCCAUGCUGCUGCGCAGCGGCGAGACUCUCGUCACCCACAACAUCAGAGAGCCCGUUCAGGAUGCUGCUGAACACUGCCACCCGUUUCCGCACUUGUCGCUGUGCCAGACUUGGCCCGUCCUGCGUCCCUAAGAGUUCUGACAUGAGUCGCCGCAGACCUGCCAACAUAUCGGCCAGCCAGGUCCACAGUGCCCCCAGAGUCCACGACGCAUCGCGCUGUUCCCGCAUCGCCUCCAGCUCGCUGGUUGGUGCCUCAAUCAACUCCCGCCGCAGCCUAGACACGCGCCUAAAGACAUAUAGGGCGAACCUGACGACCCUUUCUACGUACGCCUUGUCUGCGCUGUCAAUGUCUUCGAGUGUCGUCGCAACGCUGUCCUAUAAUGUUUGCCAGGAUGGCCACCCGUCGUCGCCGCCGCCGCCCUGCAUGACUUGCAUCUCGCCCGAGAAGGCCUCGUGGAUGACCGAGUUCGCUACGUCUCCUCGAUGGUGGUGGUGAUGGUGGCGGUGCACCGUAGGUUGUACGUCAAU